GUUGUCAAAAUCGUUAAGCUGCAGCAAAUACCGUUCUCUAUGUGUGUCUCUCUCUCUAAAUGGGAAAGAGAGUCGUUUCUGAGAUCUGACCCAUAUUUUUACCUCUUCUCUGUCAAACGGGUCUCCUGAAAAUCUCCUCCCACUCUGUUUUUUCCCCAUUUAUAGUUUCCUCCAUUUUUGCCUCUCUUUCUUAUCCUCAAUUCUUUCCCAUUUCUCUCUCCUUUCUUUUGACAUUUUGCCCCUUUGCUCUCUGUUUUCUUGUUCGAUCCAUUCCCGAUCUCGAUCCUUCACGAGGAAUCGGGAUCUUGUAAGGGUGUUUGUGUGUUAACUUCUGGUGGAAAAAUAUGGACGUGGAGGUUGUGAAAUCUGAGUUGGUGCCAGUUUCUGUGGAAUCUGGGAGUGAAGAAAACAGCUCUUUGUUGCAUGAGAAGGAAAAUGGGACAUUGAAUCAGGAAACCGGGCUUAAUGAACCCAUAAAAUUUGGUUCACAUGGCAUGGAUGAGCCGGUUGAUAGAGAAGGAAGCAACAUCCCUGUGGCUGACUUCCCAAAGGAUGUGGGUGAUGAAUGGCCUGAACCUAAGCAGAUCCAUUCUUUUUAUUUGGUCAAGUAUCGAACAUAUGAGGACCCAAAACUGAAAACCAAAGUGGAGCUGGCCGAUAAGGACCAGCAAAAGAAGAAUCAAGCAAAGUUUCAGAUUAGUGACAAAUUCUGGGCUAAAAAGGCAGAGAGAAGUCGGGUGAUUGAGCUAAUGAGGCCUCUGAACGAUGAGAAUAGGCAGUACUGGAAUAUCGUGAAUGGGAAGAGAAAAGAGAUGGAACCUUUGCAUGAGGCACUGGGCAAGUUGCGUAACACAAACAGUGUCAAUCGUGAGAAAGGUGUUGGUAUAUGUUCAUCUGAGGAAGAGCUUAAUUAUCUUAUCAAGAGCUUGGAAUACCGUAUUCAACAUGAAAGUAUUCCACUUUCUGAGGAAAAGAAAAUCCUUAAGGAAAUUAAACAGCUUGAAGGGACAAGGGAAAAAGUACUUGCUAAUGCUGCUAUGAGGGCAAAGAUUCAAGACUCGAUGGGUGAAAAAGAUGUCAUUCAGGACCAGGUUAAACUUAUGGGAGUUGAUCUGGAUGGAGUUAGAAAGGAACAGCAGGUAGUUAAGGCCAAGAUUAAGCAACUUACUGACGAAAAGGAGGUCUUAGAAAAAGAAAUUAAUUCUCUAGCCGAUGAGCUGGAUGCUGCAACAGAGAAAUAUAAAACUGCUUAUAAAACUUUUUCUGAUUUGAAGCAACAGCUUAAUGCAGGGAAUGAUUGCUUUUAUCAAAGUCGCACACUCUUGACCAAGGUCAGAGAACUUGCUGCGAGGAAGGAUAUUGAAGCCCUUAAAGAAAUUGUCAAUAUGGAGGUCGACAAAUUUAUGUCACUCUGGAACAAUAAUAAAGCUUUUAGGGAUGAUUACGAGAGGAGAAUUUUGGCAUCAUUGGACAAUCGGCAGUUGAGCAGGGAUGGACGCAUGAGGAACCCUGAUGAGAAGCCAUUGGUGAUACGGGAAGCACCACCGUCUUCCUCUGUAACCGAGACAGCCACGAAAACCAAUGUAAAACAACCAAAAGAAGAUUCUACUUCCGCUCCAAAACACAAUACCUCAGUUGCUGAAAAAGUCCAGAAAGAAGUGAAAAACAAAAUCCAGAAAGAAGUGAAGGAUAAAGCAACGGGAACUACUUUGGAGCUGCCUAUUGACGUGGAAGGCAAAGGGAUAAUCUCUGUGUCUGAAAAACCACAAAAAGAUUCGCAACCUAAGCGGGAUGAAGUUGAUGAAGCGAAGUUGAAGGAGAUAAGGCGAGAAGAGGAGAUUGCAAAAGCUAAGCAAGCGUUGGAGAGGAAGAAGAAAUUGGCAGAGAAAGCGGCUGCGAAAGCGGUUAUAAAAGCUCAGAAAGAGGCUGAAAAGAAGCUCAAGGAUCGUGAAAAGAAGGCAAAGAAGAAGGCUGGAGCUUCUGCACCUGCUUCUGAACCAGAGGAACAACCAACUGAAGCAGAUGCAGAGGUUACCAAACCAGAAAAGGCUGAUGAAAAAGUUGAAGCGUCAGCUCCAUCAAAGAGCAAGGACCGAAAGGAGAAUCUGGUCAGGUACAGAAACCGACCAAAAGGCCCAGUGUCGGUUCCGCGUGACAUUCUCAAGCGGAAAAAAUCUACCAACUACUGGGUAUGGGCUGCUCCUGCUGGUUUGUCUGUUAUGGUGCUUUUAGUGUUUGGAUACAAGUAUUUUUUCUGAAGAUGACACAAAACUAGAAUUCAGUGAAAGAACUAAUGGACCAAACUUUCUUUUUUGACAAACUUCGUCGAGUGACUAGGUAUGUAUUUGUUACCCGUGUCAAGCACUGGACUCGGGACAACUCAUAAUGUUCUUGGUAGGUCAGGCAGUAUGAGAUAUUUGCAGGGGAAGCAACUAUAUACAUUUUGCUUGGUUGGUGUAAUUUCAAAUUUUGACUUUUACUGGAACAAAUUUUAUUCAAGUCUUUGCUUUUACAGGAAA